AUGCCUAUGUAUCACUUUGUCGGCAUCGUUCUCAAUUUUUUGUUCCGUUGCCUCUUGAGGCUCGCCAAUUUCCUGUUGUUCAUGGUGAGAGGCGAGCUGGACAAUCGGUGGAGCUUCUGCCAACUGUCCACCAAAUAUCGGAGCCGUCGGGAGCCGGUUCCGUUGAUUGCUGCAAAACGAGAGAGGACAAUUGAUUUUGGGCCCGAGACGAGAGAUAUUUUGAUGGUGAAACGGGUUUUUCAACGACUUCCGGGAGAGGUAAGGACAGUUUUUUUUUAAAUCUACUAUCUAUUUCUUUAUGAUAACUUCUUUAUCAGUUUGUCGGGAAAAUAAUGAGCACUCUGUCGCAUCGAAAAUCGCAUCGCCGACGAGAAAAUGAAUUGUGUCGCGGAAAAAUAAAAUUGCGUUUCGUAGCGACAUUGUGCUCAUUAUUUUCCCGACAGACUGAUAUUUUCACAACAUUCGUAAAAUGAGUUGUAAAGAAUCAAAAAAAAAAUACAGUGAACCCUCUGUUCAACAAAUUUGAUGGAGUGGAAAAAAUGUUUGCUCUAUGUAUUAUAAUAAUUUCAUUUUUACUAUCAGUCUGUCGGGAAAAUAAUGAGCACUCUGUCGCAUCGCAAAUCGCGUCGCUGAAGUUGAAAAGCAAUUUGACUUUGCUACCGUUCAUUUUUUUCGCCGCGACGUUAUUUUCCCGACAGACUGAUAGUAUUUUCAUUAAGUGCAUGGAUUUUUUUGUUUGCUUUCGCACAGUGCAGUUUGAACCUUUUCCCAUGCUUGUCGCCAACGCACAGUGCAUUUUUCUCAUUUCGCACCGUGCAGACCUCAAGAAAGCCGUUUGCACUGUGCAAAUUGCUGGCGCGACAAAGUUGAAGCUUGCUUAUGUCGCAGCGAUUUUUCGAGUGCACAGUGCGAAAGCCUAAAAAUGGUAAUAUGCACGGUGCAAAAUGGAGGAUCUUUGUGACAGGAAAUGUCCAUGCACUUAAUGAAAAUAAAUAAUAAUAAUCAAUGUUCCUUGUUUUCAGCUUGUGGACUUGUUGACCGAUUAUCUCUCGAUAACGGAAAUAAUCAAGCUUCAUCAUUUUGUCGACCUAAAAUAUCACGGGAAAAAUCCCCGAAUUCAACGGUUUCUGCAACGUAACCGUGAUCAAUUUUAUCAGCACGAUAACUGUUAUGAUGAGAUCUACAAGUAAGUCCAUAUCAAAACACUUUUUUUGUAACAUCAUUGAUGUCAUCACCCGUAAUAUUUUUUUCAGUCAACUUGCAAAAAAUACAUGUUCAUUGACACUGCCUGUUCAUAAAAUGGAAACCAUCAACAGCUUCUUUCUUGAAGCCCUCAGAGCAACCUAUAUGUCCGGAAAAGUUCGACUUUUCUUGGACUUUCAUUAUGCUGACUACGAAGAGGAAGUGGUUUAUGCCAGCCAUUCCGAUUGGUAUACUGAUGGAACCAUCGAAAUCAAAGGAAUUCUCGUGAACAAUGACAAAAUAUGGAUUGGAAGGGCACCAAAGAGAAUGAUCAAGGAGUUUGACACCCAUACUGCUGUAAGUUUUGGCUUUCUGCUUGUGCGAAGCGAGAAUUUAAGGGACUCAACUCUACCCCUUUUCUGAACUCUACCCCUUUUCUGAACUCUACCCUUUUUUGAACUUUGCCCCUUCAGAACUCUACCCCUUUUUGAACCCUCCUCCUUUUUGAACACUCCCCCUCAUUUUGAAAAUUGAAAAAAUGAGGUGUGACAUCUUAUACGAUGAAAAAUUUUUUCAAAUUGAGAAAAAUUAGGUGUGACGUGUUAUAUCGGUCUGUCGGGAAAAAAACGGCGGAUCGUCGCGCCUCCGAAUCGCCCAUCAUCGCUUUGCGACUGCAAGCCGCGACUUGUUAUUUGGUGCGCGAUAGCGGCGAGGCGAGACUUUUUGCUGCGGCGAUCCGCCGUUAUUUUUCCGACAGACUGAUACGAUGAAAAUUUUUUUCCAAAUUGAAAAGAAUCAGGUAUGACACGUUAUUUUGAAAAAAAUUUUAUCGUAUAAGAUGUCACAUCUUAUUUUUUUCAAUUUGAAAAAAAUUUCCAUCGUAUAACGUGUCACACCUCGUUUUUUCAACUUGAAAAAAAAUUCCAUCGUAUAACAUGCCACAUAUCGUUUUUUCAAUUUUCAAAAUGGGGUAGUGUUCAAAAAGGGGGAGAGUUCAGAUUUUUUGGCGAAAAUCAAAAAAGGGGUAGAGUUCAGCCUUUUUUGGGGUAGAGUUCAGAUUGGGGGAAAGUUCAGAAAAGGGGUAGAGUUCAGGCUCAACCCUCAACGGUUACCUAAAAACCCGUUUCCUGGCCCAUCCAAAAAACGAAAAAAUAAUUUUUCCGAGCUGCGUCCAGCUUUGAAACGACGGUUUUUUAUGGACUUUGACGGCGCAAUUCAUUUUCUCAGCGACGAUGCGAUUUUCGAUGCGACAUAGUGCUCAUUAUUUUCGCGACAGCCUGAUAGACAGACUACGGACGCUAAAUUGGAACAAAAUCUGAUUUUUUUGUUUCAAGCAAUUGACUUGUAUACAUAAACGCCGCUUUUCUUACUAUAAUACAUUUUCAUUUCAGAACUCCUGGAUUGCCAUGUUCUACGACAAACAGUAUGAUCGCCUCUACUACGUCGAAACAGAAUCGACUUUCUCUCCAGUCCAGAUUGCUGUCGGCUUCAUUACCCCACAACACCCUACGCCCACGAUUCUUCUUCGAACCCAAAUCAUUCGAGAUGGCUGCGAACCGACUCAGCUCUCCGUCCAAGGCGACAAUCUUUUCCUCUUCUCCUCGAGAUGCGACUCUCUGUACAUCAUGUCCUAUAAUAUGGAGACGGAAGGGCUGCGUUGCAGAAGGCUCAAGGAGACACUCUACGACUGUAUUCAGAAUGGCGACCAGAUCCUGUGCCGAAUGUCCAUUCAGAUCGUCUUACUCAACGCGAAUUUGCAGAAGGUUUGGGGAAUCGUCACGCACGAUCAGAACAUUGAAAAGUACUUUAAUUUGAAAUGCAUCAGCGAGCGAUUGGAUGAGAAUACCUAUGUGUUUAGCGACAAUUUCCCGGCUGCAACUAUCAAGGUGAGUAUUCUGGGUUUUGAUAGUACAAAAUGUUCCAUUUUGCAUCCGGGAAGUAUCAAAAAAUGUGGCAAAAUGCCUCCCUCUCCAAGUGAAAGAGCUCCGUUUUGAAGAGCGCGCCUUUUCUCUCACAAAAAGAGCUUUUGAAAUUAGAGUCUUUUUACUUGGAGAGGGAGGUAUUUUGCCACAUUUUUUGACCCUGUCCGGAUGCAAACGGUACUUUUUUCUGGAUCAGGUCCGUCAGUGUAGUAGAGACCGAUUUUGUUUUAUUAUAUGUCCGCCAAAGUAAAAUUUAGCUUUGCACAGUGCAUUUUGGUUCUUUAGCGGGUGUUGAAAGACGAGAGAGUACGGAAAAUUAGCAGUGUACAGAGAAAAAAAUGUUUUUUGAGCCGUAUCGUUGUAAACUUUGCGGUACAAAAUACGACUUUCACAGUAAAUAAGAAAUUAAUAAGGCGCUAAUUGUAAGCAAAAUUUUUACUAGGUCAGCCUACUGCGAUACCGCAUAGUUCUUGAGUCUGUCGGGAAAAUAAUGAGCACUCUGUCGCAUCGAAAAUCGCGUCGGCGCCGAGAAAAUGAAUUGUGUCGCGACAAAAUCAAAUUGCUUUUUACUUCAGCGACGCGACUGGCGCAGCGACAUGGUGCUCAUUAUUUUACCGACAGACUGAUAGGAACUGUUUAUUCAGAGGAAAAUUCAAAAUAACGUGAAUGAUUUUCAGUUCGUCCGCCUGCAAAACGGAGAGUUCACAGUGGAAGAUAGUGGGAUUCCAGUCAAGGACGUGUCCUUUGCCAGACUCAGCAACAACUCCUUUGCCGUUGUGAAGAAGGAUGGAACCGCUGACAUUUAUCUUCAUGAAGUCAUCAAAGGGAAAAUCGCAUGCGAUCGGGUUCCUCUGCAGAGUCCAUUGAGACACCGAAUUCCUUGGUUCAAAUUGUAG